AUGCUGCGCAACGUGAACGUGAACGCCGCCAGUGGUAGCAGUAGCAUCUUUGGUAGUGCCGCCGCAGCCGCAGCGGCAGCUGCCGGUCUCAAUACGCUGCACAACAGCAACAUUGGCGGCAAUAUCGGUAGCAGUAGCGGCAGUGCCAGCGGCGCCGGCAACAGCAAUGGGAAUACACACGAUACACACCUGGACCAACAUCCCCAUCAUCAUCAUCAUCAUCACACCGGUGUUCAUCAUCAUCAUCAUCAGCAGUUGGCGCAUCCACAUGCGGCACAUCAGCUGAUACAGCAACAGCAACGCAAGGCCUAUAUUAAGUCUAUGCAACAACACUACCAACAACAACAACAGCAGCACAGCGCUGCUACCAGCGCAAGCGCGAGCGCGAGCGCACAAAAGCUUAGCACGCAUCAGCAACAACUGUUGCAGAGCCAAUUGACGCCACCCGAGCUGCAGGAUGAUGCCUCCAAUAUCACAACUGAUUUGAAUGAGGAACAACAAUUGCAGCUGCAGCAAGUAGCACAGCAACAACAUCAACAACUGUACAAUAAUUACCAGCAAUAUGCGGCUGCAGCCAGCUAUCGCAACUGGAAUCACGGACUGGCGCUAAACGGAGCGGCGGCGCUGCAAAACCUGCUCUAGUGCUGCAAGCGCUAAAUGGGUUACCAAUAACAAAGCGAGGCUUUGUUGCCUGACUGGACGCGAUGGCACUGUGUACUGGCGGUGAGCUAAUGGCGGCGACGCGAAGGUGAGAAAUAGUGCAGCAUUGUUGCGUCCGUAUGCUAAAAACACGCGCCGUGCGGUAUGUGAAAUGUGAUUAGCGAGCAAAUGCGGACGCGCGUACAAAACCUGGAAACGGCGGGCGCGCGCUUAUCAAAUUUGCAAGUUCCUCUGCAGAAGGUGCCACACAAGGAAUGCGCACGCGCUUUGGACUAUCGAUCAGCGAAUUGUUAAAACGCGACAGCAACAGUGGCGUCGUGGGCGUUUGAAGUGUUGCCUGUGCAACAAGAAGACGUCCAUCAGUUUAUGAGGUGCUCCAAGCCAAAUGUCAAUGCAGCUGGGAUACAUGUGAAAAUCUAAGGUUUGUUGUUGCAGUUAAACACAACUUUUGGAAGCAGGCUGAACGCGUUAUUACUGUAAAUAUGUAACUUAGAUGUACAUACAUACAUACAUAAUAUGUAUAUAGCUUCAUUUUUUUCUUCUUAAUUUUACAUUAACGUAAUCGCUUUUCGUUUUCUACAUAAGAGCAACUGCUUUCGGAUAGCAUCGCAAGCCUCUAUUUUCUAUAACUUUCUCAUUGCUAAAAUUCAUUGUUUGAGCUGAUAAAUAUUCGAGCUUCAUUAUGGUACGCUUAAAUACAUAGCACAUACUUACAUAUGUAUGUAGGUACAUAUGUAUGCCGCUGAAUUUUUCAUCAUGUAGCAGCAAUCAAAAGUGAUGCAGUUGUAAGAGAAAUUGUUUUCCAAUUUACAAUUUGCAAAAAAAAAAACUUCAAAAAGCAAAAUGCCACCUAUGCUAAUGCUAUUUAUAUUCCAAUAUUUGAUAUAGAUAUUGAAAGUCGUUACGAUUCUCUGUAACAAAGAGCAAGUACAUACAUAUAUACACAUAUAUACGUAUGAACGUCAACUUCUGUUGCUUGGUAUGCGCGUGCUUUAUUUCUUAUUUUUCUUUUUUAUACGUAAAUAGAACCCUGGCAGGCUCUCGGUUUAAUACAAAUUCCGUGCCAUUUAUAUGAAAACUAAUGCAUCUAUGUACAUACAUACAUAUGUGUAAAGGAAAGAAGCGCGAGCGCAAAAGUUAAAGCUAAAAAACAAAAAAUUUUUAAU